AUGGAAACUACUACUUCUAACACUAAUAAAAAGCUUAAAACGAUUCAGGCGGUAUUUGAUGAAGAAGGGGUGGAAGAUGUGGCUGAUAGUUCUGAACUUGACAACAAGUUAAACACAGAUGAUAAUUCGGACAAUGAUGAAGCUGGGUCAGAUAUAGAUGAGUCAGACGAAAAUGGUUUUGUUGACUUGGAAGAUCCCGAUUAUAAAUUUGAUCAACCGGAUUUAAUAGAUGAAGAGGCGGCAGCUUUACAAGCCAAGUUCGAUGCUGAAGACCUCCCUGCUGGUGCUGAAGUAUCUGUGCCUUGGUUGCUGGAGGACAAACCCAGUACUGAUCCGACAAGGCCUCCGGUUCCGUGUAGCAGUUCAGCUGAGCCCAAGCAGUUUCAAGAGGAUGAUGAUGAUGAAGCUAUAGUGAAGUACAAAUCUUUUAAGAGUUUCGAUACAGUUGAAGAUUUCUCUGACCACCAUUAUAAGAAAAAUUCAGUCACCAAGUCAAAGCAAGCAUCACAGAAGUGGUCAAAGGCAAUUCAGCAGGAUUGGAGACUUCUGGAGAAGGAUUUGCCUGACACUAUAUUUGUUAGAGCUUAUGAAGGAAGAAUGGACCUUUUGAGGGCUGUGAUUGUUGGUGCAGCUGAGACUCCAUAUCACGACGGCCUCUUCUUCUUCGAUGUUCACUUUCCGUCAGAGUAUCCUGAUACACCACCGCUCGUCAAGUACCAUGCACAUAAUCUGCGUUUAAAUCCAAACUUGUACGAGUCUGGGUAUGUUUGCCUUAGUCUUCUCAACACAUGGCAGGGGCAAACCGUUGAGCGUUGGACCCCAGGGCAAUCCACUAUGCUGCAAGUUCUUCUGUCUAUCCAGGCCCUGGUGCUGAAUGAAAAGCCCUACUUCAACGAGCCUGGAUACGAACGAUCUGCUGGCAGUGAAGAAGGCGAGAGGCUUGCCCAGGAAUACAAUGAGAGCACAUUUAUUCUUUCAUGCAAGACAAUGCAGUACACGGUUAAGAAUCCCCCAAAGUAUUUUGAGGAUUAUGUAUUGGGGCAUUUCCGCCUUCGAGCAUACACUAUUUUGGCGGCCUGUAAAGCUUAUAUUGAAGGUGCUCAGGUCGGUUCUGUUAUUCAAGAAGAUCAGGAGGACAAUGAGAGUCAAAAGAGUAAGAAAGAAAUGUGUAAAGUUGUUCAAGGAGUGCAGGAUGUAAAUGGGAGUGGCUCGCACUUCAAUAAUUCGCACUUCAAGAGCGGGCACUUCAAGAGCGAAGUAGGUAUCAUGGCAGGGAACCUUGUCCCGUUCUUUAUAUCAAAUGGAGCUAAGAAUUGUGAGCAGUUCAUAUGUCUGGGAGACUCUUAUCGGUUAGCUGAAGCCAACUACAAUAACAUUUUUAAGAAAGAUUUCUAUAAGUCAGCUGAAGAUCAAGCUGCGGCAGCUGAAUCUCAAGCUCAAGCUCAACCUCAUCAUGCUCAGGCUCAAGCUAAUUUUGGUACAAAUUACUACCAUGACGACUAUUAUUAG